ACUGGAUGAGGAGUCCUCUACCUUAAUGUGAAAUGCUCAGAGAGUGCAUGCUAUCCUAGCAGUCCGAGAUUUAUUUUAACCAUACUAUUCGAUAUCAUAAAUAUUAGUAUUUUUCUAUAUAAACUUGAUCAAACUAAAAUUGCUUUCACUCGCUACCACUACUAUACAAAAGAUCAUGGUCAAACGACCUUUAGAGAUGAUUUUUUUUUUUGCAACUACCUCUACUCAAGGCCCUCUAGAAAUCAACAAUUUUUAAGAGUGAAUAUGCAACCGCCUCUACAAAUGGAUUUAGGGGUAGUUGAUAUUGUGGCUUGUUUUUAAAAUUUAUUUUCUAGAAAUUGCAAAUUGGCCAUAACAAUAGGGAAACAUUAAAAGACAAACCCAAAAUGGAUUUAGGGGUAGUUGAUAUUGUGGCCUGUCUUUAAAAGUUAUUUUCUAGAAAUUGUAAAUUAUCCAUAAAAUAGGGAAACAUUAAGUUACAAACCCCAAAUAGAUUUAGUGGUACAAACGGAUUUAGGAGUAGUUGAUAUUGUGGCUUGUUUUUAAAAUUUAUUUUCUAGAAAUUGCAAAUUGGCCAUAACAAUAGGGAAACAUUAAAAGACAAACCCAAAAUGGAUUUAGGGGUAGUUGAUAUUGUCGUAUGUCUUUAAAAGUUAUUUUUUAGAAAUUGUAAAUUAUCCAUAAAAUAGGGAAACAUUAAAUUACAAACCCCAAAUAGAUUUCGUGGUAGUUGAUAUUGUGGCUGUCUUUAAAAUAUAUUUUCUAGAAAUUGUAAAUUGGCCAUAAAAAUCAAGAAACAUUAAAAGGCAAACACUUGUGAAGUACUGCAAUGCGGUCGCGAGCCAUAAUUAGCAUUAUUCUGUGUGUGUAAUACAUGUGCGUGCAAUCGAACCCGUGACAUAUUGCCUCACACGAGCUCCUCCUACCCCAUACUACACAAUCACUUGUGACCAAAUGAAGGGGCUAUCAUUUUGUAGGAACUUUUACAAAUAUUGUAUUGAAUAUUUGAGCCUUUCAAACAAAAAAAUGUUAACUAUAAAAUUUAAUCUCGUCAAGCAUUGCAAAUUUAGUAUAUAGUGAGUCUAUUAGAGACCGUUUGAACAUUUGAAUUUUAAACUUUUAAACUUAAAAUGUAAUUUUUAUCCUUCAAUGAUUUAAUAUAAAUAAUCAACUAUAUAUAGAGAGUUUAGAUCUCAUAUCGAACUUUACAAUGUUAGUAAAAAAACUUCGUCUAAAAGCAUUAUGACCAAGGGCUCCAAAAGAAAAAAAAAGAAUGUUGAUGUUAUGGUUUGCCUCUAAACAUAGAGGGUAUUUAUAGGUGUUCUCAGAAAAACACCAAUUACUUCUAUAAAAUCAAAUUCUAGAGGAUGUUUGUUUCUAUAACUAUUUAUAAAGGUGGUUCUUGAUUCCACCGAGUAGGACGAUAUGCUAGAAUUGCAUUAUUUGAUAUUUUUGGAUGGAGAGAGAGUACCGUUAUUAGGUAUUCCUUCCAUUUCAAAUUAUAUUGUUUUGAUUUUUUUGUAGUAGAUUUUGCUACGUAUCUAGAUAUAUUUAGAUACAUACACAGCUAAAUCUACGUAACAAAACUAUAAUUUAGAACGGAGGAAGUAUUUAAAUGAGAAAUAGGGAUGUGCAUGUAAAGCGUGCGUGCUGAACCGCAAAUACCGAAUCAUGUAAAAUCAACUACAAAGAAUCCUAUCACCUUGUACGCACACCAAUUGGCCACAUGAGCAUAUGGAAAAGGAAGAACCAGUGCUCACGCUUUGGACUCUAGCUUGCACAGAAAUUACUGCAAUUAUGGCAGUCAGCUUGAUUCUUCAUUUGUUUGCAUAGAUAACGGAUUUCCGCCUGAAGAUAUGGAGUAUCCAGUAAUAUUUUCUGAGAACAAUCACAUUAUUAUUAUUACUACUACUAAGUAGCCAGAGCCACUGCCAUAGCCGUCACAUGACAUCCUAGUGUGUGUAGGGUUUCUUAAGCAUGGGGCAUAACGUAGUCGUGCUGCAAUAAAGUUGACAAAGCUUACAAAUAAAAUAAAACGCAUCGUGAGACACACACCAUGCCAUGUGUGUUUUUGCAUGCCAUAUGGCCGUGGCACGCCAUAUCUCUCUUGGACGUGUCCCUUGUGCGCCACCUGGUCCCGAAUAUUUCUCUCCCACGACAUAUAUAAUAACAAUAUUAUUAGUUAUCUCCAAAUAUUGUACAAAUUGAUUGAUAUCCACUGUGUCUGUGUGGAUUUAGCCGUUAAUAGAUUUGAUGGUGAGUUCGAAAAAAGGCUGCACCAGUUGAGAGUCAUGUACAGAUGUCCUCCUACACAUGUGCCGUAUGAUGAGGUCAUGCGCAUCAUCCUUACGGGCAGAGAAUCUCGUUGCUGGUUGGACAGAAUCUGCGUGUCCCGACCCCCCCACAUCUGGUGCCGGGUAAAAUAAAGAGUUUAACGAAUCCAUCGCAGCCACCACAUCUGGUGCCCGUUUUCUCGGGGCCCCAGCGCACUUUCGAGUUGACUGCAGCUGCCGCGGCCGCGCCCAGACCCCCCAGAGCGGCCACACUUCUUCCUCCUCCCAUUUCCUGAUUCCUCCUCCGAUAUAUCCUGCCGGCGUCCUCCCCUGCCUCAAGCUCACCGUCCGUCUCCUACUGCAGCCGAUCGACCAAAAGUCCGCAGCACGCAGCCAAGUCCGUCACGGAGCUAUCUAGACCGACGCCAUGACGUGGAACAGGUCCCCGGCCGCCGUCAGCAGCGCCGGGACGACCCCCGCCGCCGUGGCCGUGGCCGUCGACCACGGCGGCGACGGCCACGACACCGGCCUGGCGCGCCUCCGGGAGCUCGGGUACAAGCAGGAGCUCAAGCGCGACCUCUCGGUGCUGUCCAACUUCGCCUUCUCCUUCUCCAUCAUCUCGGUGCUGACGGGGAUCACGACGCUCUACAACACGGGGCUCAACUUCGGAGGCCCCACCACCAUGACGUUCGGCUGGUUCGUGGCCGGCGCCUUCACCAUGGCCGUCGGCACCUCCAUGGCCGAGAUCUGCUCCUCCUUCCCCACCUCCGGCGGGCUCUACUACUGGAGCGCGCGCCUCUCCGGCCACCGCUGGGCGCCCUUCGCCUCCUGGAUCACCGGAUGGUUCAAUGUUGUCGGACAGUGGGCGGUGACCACGAGCGUGGACUACUCCCUGGCGCAGCUGAUCCAGGUGAUCAUCCUGCUUGCCACCGGCGGCAAGAACGGCGGCGGCUACCUGGCGUCCAAGUACGUGGUGAUCGCCUUCCACGCCGCCAUCCUGCUCAGCCACGCCGUCAUCAACAGCCUCCCCAUCACCGUCCUCUCCUUCUUCGGCCAGUUCGCCGCCGCCUGGAACAUGCUAGGUGUGUUUGUGCUGAUGAUUGCCGUGCCGACCGUUGCCACCGAGCGGGCGAGCGCCGAGUUCGUGUUCACCCACUUCAACACCGACAACGGCGCCGGGAUUCGCAGCAACCUGUACAUCUUUGUCCUGGGCCUGCUCAUGAGCCAGUACACGCUCACAGGAUACGACGCCUCUGCACAUAUGACUGAAGAGACGAAGAACGCGGACAAGAACGGGCCGAUCGGCAUCAUCAGCGCGAUCGGCAUCUCCAUCCUGGUGGGCUGGGGUUACAUCCUGGGCAUCACGUUCGCGGUGAAGGACAUCCCGUACCUGCUGAGCCCCGACAACGACGCCGGCGGCUACGCCAUCGCCGAGGUGUUCUACCUGGCCUUCAAGAGCCGGUACGGCAGCGGCGUGGGCGGGAUCGCCUGCCUCGGGGUCGUCGCCGUCGCCAUCUACUUCUGCGGCAUGAGCUCCGUCACCAGCAACUCCAGGAUGGCCUACGCCUUCUCCAGGGACGGCGCCAUGCCUUUCUCCUCCGUCUGGCACAAGGUCAACGGCCAGGAAGUGCCCAUCAACGCCGUCUGGCUCUCGGCUUUCAUCGCGCUCUGCAUGGCGCUCCCGUCCCUGGGCAGCCUGGUGGCGUUCCAGGCGAUGGUGUCGAUCGCGACGAUCGGGCUGUAUAUCUCGUACGCGCUGCCGAUCCUGUUCCGGGUGACGCUGGCGCGCAAGUACUUCGUGCCGGGCCCGUUCAACCUGGGACGCUACGGGGUGCUCGUCGGCUGGGUGGCCGUGCUCUGGGUGGCCACCAUCACCGUGCUCUUCUCGCUGCCGGUCACGUACCCGGUCACCAAGGACACGCUCAACUACACACCCGUCGCCGUCGGGGGCCUCUUCGUCCUCGUCCUCGGGUCCUGGGUGCUCAGCGCCAGGCACUGGUUCAAGGGCCCCGUCACCAAUCUCGACGGAUGAAUUGAAUCGCGCGGUGGAGGACUAGUGGGCGGCUGCUGCUGCUCUAGGCCUGUAGCUAGGCUGCCUGCUGCUUUGUUCAACAUGUAAAGUGUGCGUGAGUAGAGGCAGGGAAGAGUUGGAGGCAACGACAUGUUGUAACUAGUACUUUGUUCCAAAAAGGACUAGCAAGGAAACCGAUAUGGAAUGAAUUUUCUCGUCGAUUGAUAAAUGCAUCUAAGAAGUAGGAUUGAGCA